ACUAGAGUUACCCGCCCACUAAACAGUGCCACGCCGAAUUUUCUCGAUUUCAGUCAUUGACCGCUUUCAGUAAGAAGGAUUUAUACUAUAUUAUAGAAAAUGGCCACGGUUUUGAUUGCAAUAGAUGAGAGCCAGUUUGCAGAAAAUGCCUUCAAAUGGUAUGUAGAAAACUUUCACAAACCUGAAAACGAGGUGAUUUUGUUACACGUCAUUGAGAACCUUGGAAUUACGGACAUGAGUCCAGCCCGGUAUAUGGAGUUACAGAGGGAGGCCAAACAAAAAGCCGAGGCCCUGAAGGAAAAAUACGCCGCCAUGUGUCAGGGACUCGGGUUUCAAGCCGACAUCCGAAUCAAAACAUCUGACAAACCGGAGCACGCCAUUGUGGACAUUGCUGAAAAAGAGAAGGUGACGUAUAUAGUUUCCGGAAGUCGAGGAAUGGGCCUAAUCAGACGGACAAUACUGGGCAGCACCAGCGACUUCAUCCUCCAUCACGCCCACUGCCCAGUUCUAAUCUGCAAGAGCCAGUAAAUCAGAAUCCAUUUGUAUGUAAUCAUCUGUAUUGUAAGCUUAUGUAUCCAGAUGUAUGUAGGAGUUAAAAUCUGAAUUAUGUGUGCUAUACAUGUAUUUUGUUAUAUGGGCUAAGCAUUUGGAAUGCUUGAAAAGAAUUAGUGUCAUCUUUCAAAAAAAAGAAGAGAAUGAAAUUUGCAUGCACACGUUUUUAAUUCUUGCAUAAAAUGCUUUAAAAAAAUAAUGUUGUCAUUUUAUUUUACUUUAUUUUAUGUUAUGAUAUGCCAAGCACAAAAACUGAAAAACUGUGCUGUUUCCUUUUAAACUAUUAUUUUUGAAUUCAAAACUUCAAAUUAAGGGAGUGGAAGUAAUAGAUGAGCAAGCAUAGUAACAUUGAGAUAUGGUGUUGUGAAAUACAGAUCUGCAUCUAGAUCAGAUACAGAAGUUUUUGUGUUCAUAUACAUUUACAUAUUAAUGGAUUUGUUAAAAACAAAUGGUUGUUUAGACAUUUCAUUGUUUGGAGA